AUGAAGGGGAUUAACAUAUAAAAUAAAAAUAAUCAUAUNAUAAAUAAUAUAUAAAAUAAUGAAAUAAUUAAAAUAUAAGAUUAUGUAUAUAUAUUAUUAUAUAUAAAUAGAAAACACCUGCAUUAAAAUUUAUUUGUUAAGAACACACAAAAGAAAUAAUAAUGUUUAAUUUAAAUUCAAAUUGUAAUUAAUAACCAAGAAUGGCAUGUGUUAAAUGUAUUUAAUAAUAUCCAGCAUAAUAUACACCUUUAGAAGAUGUAAAUAUUUAAUGGGAUUAAUAUUAAAAGAGAAAUUAAACUAAUUUAAAUGAAAUCUAAAAUACAAGAAAUUCAAUUUAAUAGAAAAUAUUUAAAAUGAUUUAAGAUAUUAAAUAAUAAAAUAAUUAAAUAUUUGAUGAUUUAAUAUAAUCUUUAAAUAAUUAAUAAUAAUCAAUAGAAUAAAUGAAUGAAAAUCAAAUUGAUAAUAAAUCAAUGAAUUAAUUAACAUUAUAUUAAAUAAAUGAAAUAAUUAAUUAAUUAAGUUAAAAAGAUAAAUGUAAAACAUUUAAAGAAAUAUUGAUAAAAUUGAUAAAAUAUUUUAUUCAGAUUUUAAAUCUAGAUUCAAACAUCUAAUACAAUAUUAAUUAAUAAAUAUUUAAUAAUUUAAUUAAAUAAUUAUUAAAGAUAAUAAAGUAAUUAAUUAAUUAAAAAAUAGAAUGA